AGAAUGUACACUAUUGGAUACAAUUGAUUAGUAAGGGCAAGCAGGUUUAAUGAAAUCAUUUACAAUGACUUUCGGAGAACAAAGGAGCAAACGUUGGACGGUUUUGUGCUUAUCUUUACUGCUCUGCUUCGAUGUGUUCGUUUAUGCUCAGAUUAAGUAUUCUAUUCCAGAGGAGCGGAAUGAAGGAUACGUUGUGGGAAAUGUUGCUAAGGACUUAGGACUUGAUGUCAGUAUUUUGGCGAAUAGAGGAUUUCGAACUGUUUCUGGAUCUAAGGAUGCUCUUUUCGACGUAAAUCGGAACACCGGUGUCUUAUAUGUGAGUAAGAAAAUCGACAGGGAGGAAAUCUGUGACGGAAGUACGAUCUGCCUUGUAAACCUUAAAAUAGCUAUCGAUGAUCCUCUAGAGGUACACUAUAUAGUAAUCGAAAUCACAGAUAUAAAUGAUAAUUCACCGAAUUUUCCGGAGAAAGAGAAAAGACUUGAGAUAGCAGAAAAUAGGCUUGCAGGGGCCCGUUUCCAGCUUCAGGCUGCGCGGGAUCCAGAUAUAGGUGUAAACUCGGUCAGAUCAUAUAAGAUAAGUCAAAACGAACAUUUUGAAUUGCAAGUCAGAGAAAGGGGGGAAGAGCAAAUUCCUUAUCUGGUUUUACAAAAACCACUGGACCGAGAGAAAAAAGAGAAACAUAAUGUAAUUCUUACAGCAACUGAUGGUGCAACUCCGCCAAAAUCAGCAACUCUUAAUGUGACCAUAAUAGUUCUUGAUUCAAAUGAUAACCCUCCCGUUUUCAGUCAAGAAAUUUAUUCCGUAGCCAUACCAGAAAACAUACAGCCUGGUCUCCUUAUUCUGAAGGUGUCUUCAACAGAUUUAGACGAGGGUACUAAUGGCAAUAUAACGUAUUCAUUUGGAAGUGAAGUAAGCGCAGAGGUUCGUGAUAAAUUUUCUUUAGACAGCAAAACUGGAGAAAUUCAAACAAAAGGCUUUCUUGAUUUUGAGGACAAUGAUAUCUACAAACUGGAUGUACAAGCAACGGAUAAAGGUCAGCCACCAUUAACAAGUGAAAGUGGGGUAAUCAUAAAAAUAUUGGAUGUAAAUGACAAUAUACCGCAAAUAGAAAUAACUUCACUCUCUAACGUGAUUUCAGAAGAUGCACAACUUGGGACUGUCAUCUCUUUGAUUAGUGUUACAGAUAAGGAUUCAGGUGUAAAUGGAAAUGUUGUGUGUCACUUAAACGAAACUGUACCCUUUGAGUUGAAACCCUCAGUGCAACACAACAUGUACUCGUUAGUGACUAAAAGUCAUUUGGAUAGAGAGCUAGUCUCUCAAUAUCAGAUAACGAUUACCGCGACAGAUCUGGGGCAGCCUUCAUUAUCUUCCGUAAAAUCGUUUGCCAUAAAAGUGUCCGAUGUCAAUGACAAUAGACCAGAGUUCUUAAUUAAUCCACUAGAAUUUUAUCUUUUCGAAAAUAACUUGCCUGGAGCAUCGAUAUUUUCUGUCUCAGCACUUGACAAAGACGUGGAUGAAAACUCUGCAGUCUCAUACCACAUUAUCAGAGGAAUCGAGUCACAAAAUAUCAUAACAUCAUUCCUAAGUACGAAUUCUGAAACCGGAGUUAUUCACGCGCUAAAAAGUUUUGAUUUUGAAACAACCAAGACAUUUCAGUUUCACGUGCUCGCUACAGAUUCUGGAACUCCGCCACUAAGCAGCAACGUCACAGUGAACGUGUACAUUCUGGAUCAGAACGACAACGUUCCAGCGAUUUUAUAUCCAAUCAGCGCUAACGGUUCUGCUGAAGGUGUAGAGGAGAUUCCGCGUAAUGUGAAUCCAGGACAUUUGGUGACCAAAGUGAGGGCCUAUGACGCGGAUAUAGGAUACAACGGCUGGUUAUUAUUUUCACUGCAGGAAGUGAGUGAUCACACACUUUUUGGAUUAGACCGCUAUACAGGACAGAUCAGGACCCUUCGUCCGCUCACAGAAACAGAUGAAGCUGAACAUAAACUGGUCAUACUGGUCAAAGACAAUGGAAAUGUUUCACUUUCAGCAACAGCGACUAUGAUUAUUAAACUUGUUGAACCCAAAGAGGCUUUUGCUGCAUCCGAUGUCAAAAAAGCAGUAUAUAAUGAAGAAGAAAACAGCGUUACAAUUUAUUUGAUCAUUGCUUUGGGUUCAGUUUGCUUUCUUUUUAUUAUUAGUAUCACUGUACUGAUUGUAAUGCAGUGCUCCAAAUCUACAGACUUUUCGUCCAAGUAUAUACGAGAUACAAAUUACGACGGAACACUGUGUCACAGCAUCCAGUACAGAUCAGGAGAUAAACGCUACAUGUUAGUUCGACCCAGACCCAGUAUCGGUUCUACUCUGGUUCCAGGCAGUAAUGGAAAUACCCUGGUGAUACCAGAUCGCAGGAGGAGAACUUCUGUUGAGGUAGGAAAGAGAUAUUCACAACGUCAAUUCGUAAUGAGACCAAAGCAAAUUUCUAUUGUUUAA